ACACACACACACACUCACACACUGGGGCGGAGGAUAGCCAUUUCCUCCCUCAACCUCACUCCCCUUCCUCUGCCUGCCCUGUGCGGUGCUUCAUUGUCUCCUGGGCAGGCUGCCACCGGGAGCUGACUGUCUCCAGGACUGGAAUCCUGUGCUCCUCCUGUGCCCAGAGCUCACCAUGUCCGCCAACGUCACCCUGAAGCCGCUCUGCCCGAUCCUGGAGCAGAUGAGCCGCAUCCAAAGCCACAGCAACUCGAGCAUCCGCUACAUGGACCACGCGUCCGUGCUGCUGCACGGGCUGGCCUCGCUGCUCGGCCUGGUGGAGAACGGACUCAUCCUCUUCGUGGUGGGCUGCCGCAUGCGCCAGACCGUCGUCACCACCUGGGUGCUGCACCUGGCGCUGUCGGACCUGCUGGCCACCGCCACCCUGCCCUUCUUCACUUACUUCCUGGCCGUGGGCCACUCAUGGGAGCUGGGCACCACCUUUUGCAAGCUGCACUCCUCCAUCUUCUUCCUCAACAUGUUCGCCAGUGGCUUCCUGCUCAGCGCCAUCAGCCUGGACCGCUGCCUGCAGGUGGUGCGGCCGGUGUGGGCUCAGAACCACCGCACGGUGGCCGCGGCCCACCGGGUUUGCCUGGUGCUCUGGGCCCUGGCGGUGCUCAACACGGUGCCCUACUUCGUGUUCCGGGACACCAUCCGGCGGCUGGACGGCCGCAUCAUGUGCUACUACAACGUGCUGCUCCUGAACCCCGGGCCCGACCGCGACGCCACGUGCAACUCGCGCCAGGCGGCCCUGGCCGUCAGCAAGUUCCUGCUGGCCUUCGUCGUGCCGCUGGCCAUCAUCGCCUCGAGCCACGCGGUCGUGAGCGUGCAGCUGCGCCACCGCGGCCGCCGGCGGCCCAGCCGCUUCGUGCGCCUGGUGGCGGCGGUGGUGGCGGCCUUCGCGCUCUGCUGGGGUCCCUACCACGUGUUCAGCCUGCUUGAGGCGCGCGCGCACGGCGACCCCGCGCUGCGGCCGCUCGUGUGGCGCGGCCUGCCCUUCGUCACCAGCCUGGCCUUCGUCAACAGCGUGGUCAACCCGCUGCUCUACGUGCUCACCUGCCCCGACGUGCUGCACAAGCUGCGGCGCUCGCUGCGGAGCGUGCUGGAGAGCGUGCUGCUGGACGACAGCGAGCUGGGCGGCCCGGGCAGCAGCCGCCGCCGCCGCGCCUCCAGCUCCCGCGCACCCCGCGCACCCCGCGCGCCCCCCGCGUCCUGGCCCGCGCGUCUGCUCGCCUGGGUGCAGGGCGGCGGCGCAGAGUCCACGCGGAGGGCCAGCUCCCGCUCCCAGGACGAGAGGGGCCCCCUGAACAGGGCGCUGAGCACCACAUCUGGGUAGAGGAUGGCGCGAGGGUGUGGGGACCGGGGGUCCGGCGAUCCAGCGAGAGCGCGUCCCGCAGGCGGGGGCAGGCCGGACAGGGAGCUGCCUGUAACCUCCCUCCGAUCCCCUCACGACCAUCAGCGGGAGGGACGCCAGAGGAGAUUCCGCAUUUCCGCUGAACUCCCAGGAAGCAGGGCAGGGCUGCUGGUCAGCGGACCCCAUGAGGACCAAGGAGGGGUUAAAUCCACAAGAUUUCUCAAACUAGGGUGCAGGGGCUUGCCCCUUCCAGGAGUGCAACUUUACCAGAUGGCAGGAGGGGAAAGGGAGGGAAGUAUUUUUCCAUGAAACCAGGGAUGCGUUUUGGAGUAGAAAAUGGAGAACAAAAGUUUGGGAAGCACCGGUCUGGUCUAACUCUCCAUGUAGUCCCCAGCCAGCGCUCACUGAGCUGAUGCCUGAUCCCGCGGUCUACCCACAGCUGUGAUACAUGGGCUUAAUCCACUUGACCCAAGUAUAGCGUCUGCAUACUCACCAGUAACCAUCAUGCGGUUCGAUUACCGUCCAGUAAGUGAAACAACACUCCCUCCACCCACAACAUACCCGAGGUACUGAAGGUCUUGGCUGUGAGAGGCCUGGUCUCUACCCCACCCAACCAGCACCAGCCGAGGGGUUUCUAAGGUUGCAAGAACAAGGGCUAGAGCUAUUGGUCUGGGCUAAUCCAAGUGCAGUGGGCAUCUCUGCUGAAGGUCUUAUCUGUGCACAGCAGCCCGAGACCACAGCGUAUGACAUUUCCUCAAGAAUAUGACAUCUGUAAGCCCUGGUACUUCACAGGGGUGCCCUCUGGGCAAUGCUGGUAAUCCCCAAAUCUUUCCAAAGCCCACCUCCCGACCACACAGAAGCUGGGCGACUGUCCCAAUCUGUAGCAGCGAGGGCUGUCAGACCUCCGUACAGCACAUCCAACUCUCCUCUGCCCACCACACACUAGACGACAAAGACCACUGCACUUGGGUCUGUCCCUGGGCCCACAGGCAGAACUGUGGCUGAUAACUGUUUGGUUAGUGGAAU